ACUUUCUUUUUUUUUUUUAUUGCUAUAAGAGAGAGAGAAAGAAAUCUGUCCAUUUCCAUAGCCUUAGGGGAUUGGAAGGAGAAGGCAAGGAUGGAAGCAUUGACCACAGAUUUAGAAGACUUUGAAAACUCCGAAACAACCUCGUCUUUAGAGAUUUGUUACUUCAUCUCUUCUUCUUCUUCCUCUCUCUGUCUUUUUUACUUUUGAUUUGAUAAUAAUAUCAAAGCAGCCCCAUCAGUUUCUUUUUAUUCUUCUUCUUUUUUCUUUCAAAGCUCGGAGUUGUCAGCCAAAAGAAACCUACCCAGAUCAGUUUUAGACUCAAAAUUUCCAGUUGAGAAUUCUUAGGGGUUUUGAUUAUUGCACAGAUACAAUCCAGUUACUUGAGAAGACUCUCGGUAUCUUUACAGCAAUCCAGAUUGAGAUUUUUGUACACAGUUGAGGCGAAAGCCCAAGUAAAGAUCUUGGGGGGUUCAGAUUUUCAAGUCUGUAAGGUUUCUGGAGAUGGCUGGGGUCCAAGAUCAAUUGGAGAUCAAGUUUCGAUUGACUGACGGAUCGGAUAUUGGUCCUAAAACCUUUCCUGCCGCCACUAGUGUUGCAACCUUGAAGGAAAGUGUUCUUGCUCAAUGGCCUAAAGAGAAGGAGAAUGGUCCAAGGACAGUGAAAGAUGUCAAGUUAAUAAGUGCAGGAAAAAUAUUGGAGAACAACAAAACACUAGGAGAGUGCCAGAGCCCUCUUUGUGAUAUUCCUGGUGGAGUGACGACUAUGCAUGUUGUUGUUCAACCUCCUCCUUUGGAGAAAGAAAAGAAAGCAACAAACCAACCAAAGCAGAACAAAUGCGUUUGUGUCAUAUUAUAAUCCACGGCUUGAAGAGGGGAUGACAUGAUUUUCAGAUGAAGAGUGCUGGAACUGGUAUAGAAAACGAAGUUGGGAGACUCUCUUAUUGGUGAAGGCAGUUGGCAUCUUGCACAUUUAUCAUAUAGGUCUUGUUUUUCCAUGCUGCUGGUCUACACCUUAUUUGUGUAGUUGAUGAUUGUCCAUCCAUUUUGUUCACUUUGUUCUUUUUCACAUUAAUUAGACUUCGCUAUCAAGCAAUUAAAUCUCCGAUUUUAUGUCCAAAUAUGUCUCACCAAAUGCAUUUUUCCACAUUUUUAUGUCUUGAAUUCGUCUUCCCCUGUAUAAUAUCAUUUUUUUUAAUUGUGUAAUUUGACCUGUUACUCGAAUUCAUGUUGGUGGUCAUACUUUUGCCAAGAAUACAUGCUGAGAGCUACAGAUAGAGUUGGUACUUUAUUGUUGUUC